CAGACGCCCGUAUUUCAGGGUUCAGGGUUUGGGAGGAAGGGGGAGAGAGAGAGAGAGAGAGAGAGAGAGAAGAAUGAAGAAAAUAGUGAAGAAGGGAUUAUUGGCGGAGAUGGGGUUUACCAAGGGAGGUGGGACCAUCAACUGGUUCCCUGGCCACAUGGCCGCCGCCACUCGCGCCAUCCGCGACCGCCUCAAGGUCUCCGACCUCGUCAUCGAAGUCCGCGAUGCCCGCAUACCACUGUCCUCUGCAAACGAAGAUCUCCAGCCAAUGCUCGCUGGGAAAAGGCGCGUCAUCGCUCUCAACAAGAAAGAUUUGGCCAAUCCCAACAUAAUGCAGAAAUGGAUUCGUUAUUUCGACUCGUGCAAGCAAGAUUGUCUUUCAAUAAAUGCGCAUAGCAAAGGUUCUGUUAUGAAGCUUCUUGCCCUUGUGGAGUUCAAGCUGAAGGAGCUAAUCUCAAGGGAACCUACUCUCCUUGUUAUGGUGGUUGGUGUUCCCAACGUUGGCAAGUCAGCUUUAAUUAACUCCAUUCAUCAAAUUGCUUCAUCCCGCUUUCCUGUGCAGCAGAAGAUGAAGCGUGCUACAGUGGGACCAUUGCCUGGCGUUACUCGAGAUAUUGCAGGAUUUAAGAUAGCCCACAAGCCUAGCAUAUAUGUUUUGGACACUCCGGGAGUAUUAGUGCCAAGUAUCACAGACAUUGAAACAGGAUUGAAGCUUGCUUUGGCAGGAUCUGUAAAAGAUUCAGUAGUAGGUGAAGAACGUAUUGCUCAAUAUUUAAUGGCGGUUUUGAACACUCGGGGCACCCCUUUCCACUGGAAGCACUUGGAUGAUAGAAGAAUGGAGGGCCUUCUGGUUGAAUCAGGUGAAAAACAUGAGUAUAAUCUCAAAGAUCUUCUCCCAAAGAGGAAGCCCUUGGAUAGGUCUGGCGUGCGCUACAUUGAGGAUCUUGUCACUGAAGUACAACGAGCACUUUUUGUACCUCUCACAGAUUUCAAUGGUAGUCUUGAAAAUGAAACCGACUUGGAGAUUCUCAUAGAACAGCAGUUUGAAGCUCUUCAGAAGGCACUUAAGAUACCUCACAAGGCAUCGGAGGCUCGGACUAUGGUGUCAAAGAAGUUCCUCACCUUAUUUCGGACUGGUAGACUUGGUCAAUUCAUCCUUGAUGAUGUCCCUGAUGUGUCUGAUUCUGUAUCUUGAAAAUCUCAAGCCAAGGAAAAAUUACCUUGGUGAACAGUGCACACACAUAUCGGCUUUUGCAGUUGAAAGUAUGCAUGUUGUUGCCGUAAAUAAGUAUUUGUUGACAUGCUGGCUUACUGGAUCCGUGUGGCUUGUCUCCUUGUUUUUUGACCGACUUCUGUCCGUGUAAUAUGUUGCUUCUGGAGCUGCUCUCAUUUGUAUCACAAUGCGAGGACGACUUUCUUCACAUCAAUACUUAGCGAAUGCAGUAUAGGUAUUUCCUCCA